CGCUGUGAGUAGUUGAUUAAGCGCAAUUCAAUCGCUGAGUCCAACCAAGCUCUAGUAUCAGCACCGGAAUCGUGGUUAACUGCAAUCACCCAUCGAUGACGUCACAUGCGCUGCUGUCGCUGACACUGCUGCUGGCGGCUGCCCAGCUGAGGGCACAGCAGAUGGCAGCUAACAGCGCGGAUAGUAUAGAGGUUUACUUCGGAAACUGCAAUACGGCGGACUACGGCUCCGGACGUUGUGUCUACAGCAGCAAUUGUGAUUUCAACGAUGUGAACUUGCUGAAGGCGGCUGGCAAAAGUUUUUGUCGCUCACAGCAGCGCCCUGAGUUGAUUUGUUGUCCGCGUGAGCAAAACGGGUUGCCUUUGCUGGCGGGUCACUCGCCCAAGAAUUCCUCCGCAGUGGAGCAGGGAAAGCCCUUCCCAGCUACACCCGCCACGCCCGAUGCGCUGCCGAGGCACCCGCAUUGCGGAACCUCAUUUGCAUUCAAGGUGUACGGCGGCCACGUAACGGGUCUUCUGGAGUUUCCCUGGACCACGCUACUGGAGUACACAGUGAUCGCCGGCGGACAGAAGCAGCACAGCUGCGGCGCCUCGUUCAUCGCCCAGCGCUGGCUGCUCACGGCAGCGCAUUGCGUGCACGAGAGCUUCGUGGGCGCCCAUCGCAGACUGACCAGCGCCCGGCUGGGCGAGUGGAACACGACCAGCGACCCGGACUGCCUGACGGCCUGGAAUGGCCAGCGGGAGUGUGCGCCGCGCCACAUCCAAGCAAGCAUCGAUCGGCAGCUGGUGCACCCGCAGUUCGAUGUGGCCAACUUGACCCACGACAUCGCACUGCUGCGUCUCGCGCAGCCCGUCGACUGGAGCCAGCUGCCGCACGUGGAGCCAGUGUGCCUGCCGCCCGUGCGAGGCUCGCGCGCCGAUCAGCUGGUGGGCAGCGCUGUGGACGUGUCCGGCUGGGGUCUGACUGAGCACGGCAACAUCCCGAGCGAGGUCAAGCUCAAGGCCGUGCUCUACGUGCAGCCGCAGGAGCAGUGCCGCGUGUCCUUGCGCAAACACGACUACACGCUCUCCGACGGGCAGUUCUGCGCCUCGGGCGGCAUUCACGUCGACUCCUGCUCCGGCGACUCGGGCGGUCCGCUCACCGUCGAGGCGUACACGCCCCAGAGGGACCGCUUCGUCUACCAGGCCGGCAUCGUAUCCUAUGGCAAGAGGUAUUGCGGAGCGUCCGACUUCCCAGGCGUCUACACCAGAGUCAGCAGCUACGUGGACUGGAUCGAGCACACCAUUGAGAGCAACAGCGACGCUGCUGCAGUAGCGCGCCCAUAGGCGACAGUUGUCGUAUCGCUUACUUU